GAAGAAGUAUGGGGCGGGGCAGCUCAGAGCUUGAAGGAGGUAUUUCAGGGAGGGUCCAGAGAAGCUGGGGAGGGUGGGACCUCCUCAAAGGCUGCUCCUAGGGACGCCCCAAGCCUCAGGAGGCUCCCGGAUGCACGCAAGAGGAAGUGAGAAGUGAAUUCAGCCUGGGCCUGGCUGGGCAAGGCCCUCACCCACCUGCUCUCCUGACUACCCAACAGCCAUGGCCCUGGCCCAGCAACUGCGAUCGGAGAGUGACUUUGAGCAGCUUCCUGAUGAUGUGGCCAUCUCAGCCAACAUCGCUGACAUCGAGGAGAAGAGGGGCUUCACCAGCCACUUUGUUUUUGUCAUCGAGGUAAAGACAAAAGGAGGAUCCAAGUAUCUCAUCUACCGCCGGUAUCGCCAGUUCCAUGCCCUGCAGAGCAAGCUGGAGGAGCGGUUUGGGCCCGAGAGCAAGAGCAGCCCAUUCACCUGCAGCCUGCCCACGCUGCCAGCCAAAAUCUACAUGGGCGUGAAACAGGAGAUUGCUGAGACACGGAUCCCGGCUCUCAAUGCCUACAUGAAGAACCUCCUGAGCCUGCCAGUCUGCGUGCUGAUGGACCCCGACGUCAGGAUCUUCUUCUAUCAGUCUGCAUAUGACUCAGAGCAGGUGCCCCAGGCACUCCGGAGGCUCCGACCGCGCACGCGCAAAAUCAAGGGUGUGUCUCCACAAGGCGCCAGUAUGGACCGUAUGGAAGCUCCAAGAGCAGAGGCCCUGUUCGACUUCGCUGGGAACAGCAAACUAGAGCUAAGUUUCAAAGCUGGGGAUGUGAUCUUCCUUCUCAGUAGGAUCAACAAGGACUGGCUGGAGGGCACAGCCCAUGGAGCCACAGGCAUCUUCCCGGGGUCCUUCGUUAAGAUCCUCAAGGACUUCCCCGAGGAAGACGACACCACCAACUGGCUGCGCUGCUACUACUAUGAAGACACAGUCAAAACCAUCAAGGACAUUGCAGUGGAGGAAGACCUCAACAGCACUCCUCUGUUCAAAGACCUGCUAGCACUCAUGAGGCGCGAGUUCCAGAGAGAGGACAUCGCCCUCAAUUACCAGGAUGCUGAUGGGGAUCUGGUUCGACUACUGUCAGACGAGGACGUGGGACUCAUGGUGAGGCAGGCCCAGGGCCUCCCCUCCCAGAAGCACCUCUUUACCUGGAAGCUACAUGUGACCCAGAAGGAUAACUACAGUGUCUACAACACUGUGCCCUGAGUCACUGGGGUCCCUGUGGCAAGGAUGAGAUGCGCAGCAAAAGGUCUUGACUCUCUAAGAACACAAGGACCAUCAGGGAGGCUGGGAUGAGAGCAAACCUCCUGGGUGUGUCCACUGGGCUGGGAUUCUACUAAAUGUUGACCCUUACCUCUGAAUGAAAUAAACCAUUCUGUCCCCGAGGAACAGACUUGGGAAAUGGAGUUCUGUGGAGAGAGG